AUCCCGAGUUCUCGCGAGACUUCCCUCCCCCCCGCUACCACCACCCCCACCGCGCUCUCGCGAGACUCGGCCGGCAGACAUGGCGGCUCCGAAUAUGCUGAAGGACAAGGGCUCCUUGCAGUUCGAGGACAAAUGGGACGUGAUGCGUCCUAUCGUGCUGCGGCUGCUGCGGCAGGAGGCUGUGACGCGGCAGCAGUGGCAGGACCUCUUCAUGGACGUGCACGCUGUAUGUCUGUGGGACGACAAGGGCCCCUCCAAGGUCUACCAAGCGCUCAAGGAGGACAUACUGGACUUCAUCCGGCAAGCUCAGGCCCGUGUGCUCAGCCACCAGGAUGACUCAGCACUGCUCAAGGCCUACAUUGGGGAGUGGCGCAAGUUCUUCACGCAGUGCGACAUCCUGCCCAAGCCCUUCUGCCAGCUGGAGGCGGCGCUGCUGGGCAAGCAGAGCACGGCUCGCAAGGCGAGCACCGAGGAUAGCCUCGUGCGCAAGCUAAUGCUGGAUACGUGGAAUGAAUCCAUCUUCUCCAACAUCAAGGGGCGCCUCCAGGACAGCGCCAUGAAACUCGUGCACUCGGAGCGCCUGGGCGAAGCCUUCGACUCGCAGCUCGUCAUCGGCGUGCGCGAGUCCUACGUCAACCUGUGUUCAAACGCCGAGGACCGGCUGCAGAUUUACAGGGAGAACUUUGAGAAGGCGUACCUGGAUGCCACCGACACGUUCUACCGCACCCAGGCGCCGGCGUACCUGCAGCAGAACGGCGUGCAGAACUUCAUGAAAUACGCUGAUGCCAAACUGAAAGAGGAGGAGCAGAGAGCGCUGCGAUACCUGGAGACGCGGAAAGAUUGCAACUCCGUGCAGGCGCUGGUGGAUUGCUGUGUCAACGCACUCGUCACGUCCUUCAAGGAGACCAUCCUGGCUGAGUGCUCGGGCAUGAUCAAAGCCAACGAGACAGAGAAACUUCAACUCAUGUUCCAGCUGAUGGACCGAGUUCCCGCGGGGAUCGAACCCAUGCUCAAGGAUCUGGAGGAGCACAUUGUGAGCGCCGGCCUGGCAGACAUGGUCGCCACGGCCGAGUCCAUCACCACGGACUCUGAGAAGUACGUGGAGCAGCUGUUGAUGCUUUUCCACCGCUUCAGCCGCCUGGUGAAGGACGCGUUCCGGGACGACCCGCGCUUCCUUACAGCCCGGGACAAGGCCUACAAGGCGGUGGUGAACGACGCCACCAUCUUCAAGCUGGAGCUGCCCAGCAAACAGAAAGGGCUCAGCUCCAAGACGCAGCCCGAGAGCAAGUGCCCCGAGCUGCUGGCGAACUACUGCGACAUGCUGCUGCGCAAGACUCCGCUCAGCAAGAAGCUCACGUCCGAGGAGAUCGACGCCAAGCUCAGAGAAGUGCUGCUGGUGCUGAAGUACGUGCAGAACAAGGACGUGUUCAUGCGCUACCAUAAGGCACAUCUGACGCGACGGCUCAUCCUCGACAUUUCGGCUGACAGCGAGACCGAGGAGAACAUGGUGGAGUGGCUGAGGGAGGUGGGGAUGCCCGCCGACUACGUGAACAAGCUGGCGCGCAUGUUCCAGGACAUCAAGGUGUCGGAGGACCUCAACCAGGCUUUCAAGGAGAUGCACAAGAACAACAAGCUGGCCAUGGCCGACUCGGUGAACAUCAAGAUCCUGAACGCGGGCGCGUGGUCGCGCAGCUCGGAGAAGAUGUUCGUGUCGCUGCCCACGGAGCUGGAGGACCUGAUCCCUGAGGUGGAGGAGUUCUACAAGAAGAGCCACAGCGGCCGAAAGCUGCACUGGCACCACCUCAUGUCCAACGGCAUCAUCACGUUCAAGAACGAGGUUGGGCAAUACGACCUGGAGGUGACAACGUUCCAGCUUGCCAUCCUCUUCGCGUGGAACCAGCGGCAGCGCGACCGCAUCAGCUUUGAGAACCUGCGCCUCGCCACCGAGCUGCCCGACGCCGAACUCCGGCGCACGCUCUGGUCUCUGGUGGCGUUCCCCAAGCUGAAGCGGCAGCCGCUGCUGUACGAGCCUACGGCCGUGUCGCCCAAGGAUUUCACGGAGGGAACCAUCUUCUGGGUCAACCAAGAGUUUGCGCUCAUCAAGAACGGGAAGGUCCAGAAGCGCGGCAAAAUAAACCUGAUUGGGCGUCUGCAGCUGACGACGGAGCGCAGCCGCGACGAGGAGAACGAGGGCAUCGUGCAGCUGAGGAUCCUGCGCACGCAGGAGGCCAUCAUACAGAUCAUGAAGAUGCGCAAGAAGAUCUCGAACGCGCAGCUGCAGACGGAGCUGGUGGAGAUCCUCAAGAACAUGUUCUUCCCGCAGAAGAAGAUGAUCAAGGAGCAGAUCGAGUGGCUCAUCGACCACAAGUACAUUCGCCGCGACGAGGACAGCAUCAACACGUUCAUGUACGUGGCGUGAGCGUGCCGCCACGCGCCCCCUCGUGGCGCCGGCGCUUGCUGUAACUCUGGAACACACGGGGAAGGUUCACGCCGUGGCGGGGGGGGCGGGGGGGGAUGGGCGCCGAGCCGGCGAGCGGGGAGGAGGCGCGUCGUUGUGUUUUUCGUUUCACCGCGGUGCUUUGGGCUGGCCGGCGAGAAUUACGAGAGGGGAAAAAAAGGUAAAUUUUGUCGUGAGCGCCGGAUGCUGUUGGCGAGAGGCUCACCGGGCCUAAGAAUUGUUGACUGAAGGACCGCUGCCAGCUUUUGUGUACGUGUGUGUGCACGUUGUUUUGUUUCGUUUGCAAAUGCGAAUUCUCAGAAAAAUGACAAACUCGUGGGGGUGGCUGAUAGAAGUGGUUGGUAUUCGCCGGGCUGCAGGAUGCUAGCGAGCAAAAACCGCGGCGCGUUCUUGCUUGUUUGCAGCGCGCAGAGCGGAGAGGCUGUCAGGGCUGCAGAGACUCCGGCACGGUUCGUUUUGGGUUAAGGAGACAAGAGGAGUCACCCGUGGGCAGCAGGACAGGCAAUCGGUCUCUGCAGUGGGUUUUUGUUAUUUUAUUUUUAAAAAAUAAAAGUCUGGGUGCACGUGGCUUUACAUUUGGUGAGCCGUCCAGUAUCGCUGAUAUAAAUCCACACAGGCUGCUAACGACCCCCAGAAGGGACUCGGCGGUGCAGCGACAGCCUGCCGCUCACCGUCUGCCACGUCGUGCCCUGGAGAAAAAACACGCAAAGUGUACAUUGGCAAUACAGAUGGGUGGAGUAUUUAAGACGUCGAUGCGACAAGGCCCUGGUGGUGGCGUGGUUUUGAGCGAGCGAGGCCGAUAGCCCGCUCCGUGGGCACCGGCUUCUCAGUCUGGCCCGUCGUGUGGCUGCGAGGAGGAAAGUCUCUGACCGGCUCUUGCACAACUGCAGUUAUAUAGGUACUUUUUUUUUUCUGGCUGAGUCGACGUUAGGGAUGCUUCUUGUCAAAUGCAGAGGAAUACUCGAGAGAGUUGUCAUUUUUCGCGAUGUUUAUGUCGUUUAUUUAUCUGGGGGAACGCCUCGCCGAGCCUCAAGACACUUCCUGGGAAGGUUCUGCAUCAGAAUGCUUGGAGCACUUGCUUAAUGCGUGGGCUCGCAUGUUGGGGGUUAAUCCGAGUACCUGGAGAAAUUCCACCGUACAUUCAAGCAGAAAACUCUGCGCAGACAUAUCUAGAACCAACACGCUGUACACUAAUACCAUCUGCUGGACAUCUGGCAGCCUGUGAUAGGAACGGUGCACUGAACACAGGCUCCGUGAUUUGCGGCUUGCGUCUGCGCGAAUGUGGGGCGUUGGGUGAUUGUGGGGGUUUCCUUUGCUCAGCCGACUGAUUUCCCAUCGACCGCCCGCUCCACUUUGCCCGGGACACAAAUGUCAAACUCGCGAUUGUUGGCUCCACGGGGCUUAGUGGAUGACCGUCCCAAGUCAAAACGUGUUCGAGUGGAGACGUAAAAAGGAAUUGCCUGAGAGUGGGCACUGUUUUUUUUAUAGAUAUACUGGGCACGUAACAUUUCACCCGCCACAAUCGAUUCGUAUGCUCAUGGUACAUGCAUCGAAUCGUGCGCGUUAGGAAUGCGUUACAUGUGUUUAUUUCCACUGUCGAUUCGGUGUGUUCGAGGGCAAAUAUAAUCCGUCUUGGGAAUUAAAUCUUUACCCUCCCCCCCCCCCCCGAUUCGUGACAAUUUGUAGAAUCGUGGAAGGGGGUGAAUCGCUGCAUCCGUGUUCGGUGUUGUGUCCACGUACGCACUGCUCAGCACUUGGGUGAAUGCUCGUUGUUUUGCAAUGCAUGCUCUUUCAAGGUUUAAGCAAUUCUGGAUUGGUUUUUGUUUCGUUAUGCUCUCCACCGUGACUGGUUUGGAGGCUGGUGCAAUGCGUGGCACCGUGGCGACCACCUUUACAUUUGGUACGGGUUGUCGCGAGGCACUCUGGGGGUUGACAGGUCACGUUGAGACGUCUUCAAGUCUCCGUGCUCUCCCCCUUUUCUCCCGCUCCGCCAAGCCCAUGGUCAGGGCUUCACCCUUUUCCAGUAUUUCUCAUUUUGCGUAAAAUAGACGUUUGUGUUCAUCCUAUGCCGAUGGGCGAUUGGUAAACGUGUGAAGCCGAGCUCGCACACUGGUUGUUUCACGAUUGCAAUUCCACCGAGAGGUAGUUUAAUUUGUGCGCCGAUGUGAAACGAUUUCCGCCAGGGAAACUCGUGAUGAGCCAGGGGCAGCGCUGCGGUCAGAGCACUCAAGUAACGAGGUUUGCCAAGUCAACUCACGGUUGUGGAUUUAUGCGACGCGUCGUUCCUCCGCGUCGAUAUAACGAGGUAGAAAUCAACAGUGGUCGUAAUAAAGAGGCUGGCACCCGCCACGGGAAUGUGGAAUGCCCAUCACUGGCUCGGGGCUAAUGCUGUUAUCAGCUGUUUCUGCAGCGCUUUCAUGUACAAAGUGCUUGGGAAUUUUUGAUCGAGUUUAAAAUCCAAACAAAAUGGGGGAUGGGCGAGACUCCGCAGUGAGCGAGGCGACAUUCGCUAGGAGAGCGCCUCCCACAGCCCACCGGCGGCGGCGCAGCGCACGCGGAGUCGCGCCGCGCGGAAUUCACGCCCCCCCAGUCGCCCCCCCAGUCGCCCCCCUCACGAAACAACUCGGUCAUGGUGGCCAGCAGCAACGGACGGCCCUUUUGUGGGCCAGUGUUCACUUUUGAUUCGUUCGCGAAAGCGUCAGUUUUUCAUUUGGCAGUGACGAAUUGCCGACGUGCGACUUGCCAACGGAGUGUUAAAUUAUCGUCGCGUGCAUGCGCAGAUAUAUACCCUCUUUGUUGUUCUGAUUACGAAUGAGGUUAUGGUUGCUCGAAGUAACUUUUUUUCCCCGCCUACCUAAAAUGACACGCUCAAAAAAGUCUCCCCGGGCAUCAAGACGGCGAGUGUCCACUUUGUGGCGGCACAUUUAUAUUUGCGCGAUCUAACUAAAGAAAUCUAUAUUAUGGAUUGAUAUUGAAAGCUCACAAGGAGGUAGGCGUCAGGCCCGGCUCCUCACAGAUGGGAGGCCAGUAGAGCCGUUUUGUUGGACCACCUUCACAGUGACCCACCGCGCAUAAGCGUGAACUUGGGUGAUGCCAAAGGGACAUUUGGAGGAGCAGGGCGCACCACACCACUACCCUGAAGCACCAAUCCUGGCUCGUGCAUUCCCUGCUGCUACGUUCACGCGCGCGCACGCACGCUGCCGGAAGGGUGUGUUCUCGUGCAGGCAAUGCCUCGUUGCCACAACAGCAGCAGCACCAGGGCCUGUGUCCCAUGCCCCCAUGAGGGUCUGUCGGCUCAGCACCCCCCCCACCCAUGCCCUGCCUAUCCCCCCUCCUCUUUUGGCUGUUGGACGCUGGGGUCAGAAAGUGAUCUAAAUACAGCAAUGUUCUUUUGUUAAGCAUGUUGUUGGUGCGGUCGGGUUUAUAUUUAUUCUGUUGAGAACCUCAUGAUGGCCCAGCAACGUAGUUCUGCACCUGAUGGCCAGAGCUCGCUGCCAUGGAAACGCAGGCCUGGCUCUAGCACAGGGAGCGCAGCUCACAUUGGUCGUGGGGGAUGCACCGUGUGGGGUCCACUACCUCGUAACUGCUCUGUGCCGCUGCUGCUUUUAAUUGGAAUUGUCAAAUCGCCAGAGUACAUUAGAAGGCCAGUCUCACCCUGCUCACAUUAACACCUGUUUGCCCAGGACAGAGUAACAGAAAAUGCUGCCCUCUGUAUAUCUGUCUUUGAAUGCCUAAUACAACUGGUAGCCACGUGAAAUAAAACAAUAAAAAAUAUUCUGCAAGUGUUAAGCAGCGAGUAAAUUAUACACGGCCAAAGUGUCUCCCUGGUCAAACAAUGAAGCGGUGCUCAUCUUGGUGGCUCUGGAAGUGGUGAAAUUCCACAUUCUCCUGGCAGAGGCCAGUCUUGCCAUAGCACAACCACAGUUUACUGUCCAACAAAGUGGUGCCCUUUUUCAUCCACCCUGGAGAGAUUAAUGGCAAUGGUGAUGAUGAUGGCCUUCUGAAUGUGAUCCAAGCGCUCUUCCACUGAGUGACACCGCCAGAUCUAAUAUUAUCCCAGUUUGUGAGUUAUUAGCAUAGGCUCGUGCAAGGGAAACACGACUUUGUUGAUAGCUUCGCCGUGCAUUAACUGUCCAUGAUGCAGUAACUCCCCACCAUGCGUUUGUGUUAAUGCAUUGGUGGCAUGCACUUAAAAUAAGAUGACCCUUCUAGAAACACAAACGGUUCGUGUGUGGUCGUGUGUGUCCCCCGUCACCGAAGCUCGUCAAUGAGAAAAAAAAGACUUUCAAUUUACGCAAAAGGUGCGUUGCAUCACGGCUCUCAAACGAUGUCACAGUGAGGUGGCUACUGUCCGUAAUCGACACGUCAACGCGGCGAAUUCGCAGAGCUACAACGAAGCACGUGACCGCGUGGGAUUGCGUUAACGGAGCUUCAGGCUCGUGUCGAACACGAACGCCCGGUCGUGUUGCGACAAGACGAGAGCGGUUUGUCUUUAGUGUUCUUGAUUUUGGACUUCUCCCACCCAGCAGAACGGGGCAUUCAUUGGCCUGGCCCUCGUGACCACAACGGGAGGGGGUGCCCGCUAACUCUAAUGCACGCCGUGGGUAUGCGAGCGCAUGUGGACCGACGGGAUUUAUCGUCGUAACUCUGCGGGUGUUGGGUGCGCAACAGAAGAAGGCUGCGAGGUUGGAAUUCAUUGGAGCUUGUUGCCUUAGGUAGAGCCAUUUGGGCUUGAGCAAUGUGAAGGAUCCUUCCGACAUCAACAUUCUAAACAUCUAACACAGGUUUACCAUUUUUUCCCAAAUCGCCUCUCCAGUGCAAAAGAAAAGUUCACGAAUGCCGACGCUGUGGCAAUAAGCUUGGGCCUACGUUGUAGUCGUUAUUAAGAAAAAAACAUUCAUCCUGUAUCCAGGCCACGUCGCACUCCCUGGCAGUGCGGCGCCUGUGGAAGAAGUUGAUACUUCUGAAUGUGACCCCUGACAGAACGUGAACACAAACUGAUCACCCUUCAUGACCUUUCCCUUAUAACCGGUUCCCCUGUGCACCAGACGUCUUCCCAUGUUGGGGCACACAGUGAACGCUGCAUAAUGAUAACAAUAAACUAUAUAUAGUCGGGAGGGGUGUGGUUUGUUUGUUUUGGGGGGGGGGGGGCAUGGUUUGGGGUGGGGAAAAAUGGGGGAAUAUGCAAUGCUGUAAAUAGAGUUUUACUGUGAUAGAUAUAGGAAACAGAGUGAUAUGGACAACUGCUCGAAUCCGAAGAGGAAUAUUCGGAACUGUGGAAUUGAGUGUGUAAGUUAUUUUUUCCUUCCAAUUAAAGAGAACACUCAAGUUUAAACGACA